CCCCAAGCCCUUCUAGCCACCGACUCAUUUUUGAGAAAAUUGGUGACCAAGCUUGGGAUUUUCUCCUUCUUUUCUUGUUCUUGAACCCAGAAAUCCCCCCUCUCUGCUGGAAAUUCCAGAUCUGCUCUGCUCCUCCCCUGCAGCAGGCAAGAGCCCCAGCCAUCGCCACCCAUUUCCGGCCGGGAACACCGGCAAAGGUUGGGGAUUUCUCCCUAUUUUCUUGUUCUAGAACAGCCAUUAAACCCAGAAAUUCCAGAUUUGUUCUACUCUGCGUCGUCCUCCCUUUGCUGUCCGCGAGUUCUGCUAUGUGGAGCCGUGAGCCUUCCCUUGCCUUGCCACUGGCUUCUUCUCCUUGCAGCUUUGGUUCCUUGCUUGCAAAUUCUGCUGUGGUUUUGCUAAUUUUUGGAAGUGGCAGUAUUGUUCACGGCGUGAGCACUGUUCACGGCAUGAGCACUGUUCACGGGGCACUGUUCAUAGAUUACUGUUCACACACCGAGGGUUAACAAUUAACGGGGAUUUAAAGGUUUAGUUUGUGAUAUAAGAAUGAAUUUGGAGAUGUUCGGUUAUGUGGAGAUUGAUAGAAAUAGCACUGUGAUUAGGGAUAGUGCUAAUGAUGAUUUUACUGUGAAUUUGUGGUUGUGCGAUAUUAAUUGUGGAAUAUUGUGAUUAGGUUUUGAUCGUUCUGUCACCGUAGCACUUGGGUUAGCCUUCUGUUCUGUGCGAGUGAGGUAAGUAAAUUAUGGUAAAGGCC